AGGGCCGGCCAGGGUUAAGGUGCGUGCGCAGGGCUCGGACUGCGCAUGCGCAGUCGUGACGGCGGCGGGGGUCCUGGUUCCACCGGGUCGGUGGCGAAGCUGCGCGGGCCGCGGAGCCGCCGAGCAACAUGGCGGAACCCGGCCGACUCCAGCGGAAAAUGUCCCGGGCUGGGGAGAGUUUGUACAGAGUCCUGGGCCUGGAGAAGGGGGCUUCUUCAGAGGAGAUCAAGAAGGCAUACAGGAAACUGGCCCUGAAGUACCACCCGGACAAGAACCCUGAGAAUCCCGAGGCAGUGGAGAAGUUCAAGGAGAUCAACAAUGCGAACGCGACGCUGAAUGAUGAGAACAAGCGGCAGAUCUAUGAUGAGUAUGGCUCCAUGGGGCUCUACGUGGCGGAGCAGUUUGGCGAGGAGAGUGUCAAGUACUACUUCCUUAUGUCCAAGUGGUGGUUCAAGGCCUUGGCCGUGUGCUGUGGCAUCUUCACCUGCUGCUGCUGCUGCUGCUGUUGCUGUUUCUGCUGCGGGAAGUGCCGUCCACCUGAGGACGAGGACUCCUACAAAUACGUCAACCCCGAGGACCUGGAGGCGCAGAUCCAAGCUGAGGCUGAAGACACCCAGACACCCAUUGUGGUGCAGCCCCUGCCUGCAGCAGCUGGAGAGGAGCCGAUGCCAGAUGCCAGCCUCAGGACUGACGCAUGAGGCCGACUUCGACCUGCUGACUGCCUGUCCCCUCGCCUGGACUCUGGGUGGGAACCCCUCUGGAACUGCCGCUGCCUGGGUUCUUGGCCCCUGUGCUGGGGGCAGCCAGGCCACUUGGCUGCGCCUUGAAUCUCAGGUAAACUGGCAAUGCCUGUGGGGUGGCUGUUCCUGCAAGGACUCGCUCCUGCGCCUGCCCAAGGCUCCUCAUGCUGUGAUUUCUCUGGCUGCUGCAGCAGCCUGCUGACUGGCCAGGCUCCCUGCGCUGGCAUUGCUGCACAAGGAACCUGAGACUGGAAACCCCUGGGUAACCUCCCCACAGAAGGCUGCACUGCUGCGCAGCCCCCAUCCCUGCCUCGGCCGGUCACCCAGCACCAGCACCCGCCUGGCUCUCCCCAGCCGGGCCCCUCCCCCCACGACCCAGUGUUUACAGCUGUGCGGACGCCCAGCUCACAGGCCCUGGCCUGAGAAGCACAAGCUUGUGCCCCAGCCAUGCAGCCUGGAGGCAAAUGAGACCAACCCCACUGUAACUAGCCCGUGGAGAUGGGGCAGCUGCAGGCUGAGCCUGCUGGGCACCCUGCUGCUUCCAAGGGCCUGUUCCUUCCCUGUGUUGGGUGCCAAACACAGCUCUCUGGCCAGGCGUGGUCCUGGCAGGCUGGGUGUGGUCCUGGCAGACAGUGCACUCACUGCCUACUUGCACUGUGGCUUGCUGCCCUCCCCCCCCAGGAGGCAGCACCCCCUCCCUCAGCCCUCCUGGCCUGGCCUCCAUGUGGCACAGACAACCUCAGUCACUGUGUCUGAGCCUCAUGGGUGUCUCUGCCAGCGCCCUGGGGCCCACUGGGGUGGUGUGUCAGGGCAAUAAAGGAACCUGUUGUCUGGAUUUGGUGGCACCAUUAAAGGCUGCUUGGGGGCUUGUCUCUCACCAUGGUCUUUGCCCUGCCAGCACCGCUCUGAGUCCAUGACUUGCACCUGUGCGGCCAGCUCCCUGCCCAGCCUUGCUCCAGGCUAUGUCCUCAGGAGUGUGUCCAGAGACAGGCUGUGUGCAGCUCCUCUCGCCCGUGUCCCAGGACUGGCCCCAGCACCAGAGGCCCAGCCGCUCUAGCGCUGUUGCAUUACUGUGUGCUGAGAGCCAGUGAAGGGUGCGUGGUCACAGCUGGGCGGGAGCCUUCCCUGCAGGGGCUGUCAGCUGGACAGUGAGGGACCAGAGAGGGGGAGGGACAUGGCUGGACCUCAGCGUCUGCUGCCUGUGGCCACCUCCCUAGGAGCCUGGCAGAGCAGGGGCAGGGUCCUUGCUCAGCCCUCAGCCCCUGGCAGCUGCACUGCAGCCUGGCUUGAGCAUGGAGGAAGGAGUGAGCCCACCGGGCAAUCCAAGCGUCCCUGUGAAGAGAGCCAAAGCUGCCUAGUUCUCUUAGAACCUAUAACUUGCCUGCAGAACUUCCUGCCACUGCAUGCUGCGUGGGGUGAGGAGAGAGCCAGGACAAGGGCACCCUGGGCUCUGAGGCUGUCUGCUAACAGCUGGGGCUGGGCUCGCCUAGCAGCACCCGCUGUGCCACUCUCGGCUGUCCCAAGCUGCUGGGUGUGAGGCUAGUGGUAUCGCACUGCUCCUCCUUGGGUGGGUGGGGGAAGUCUAGAUGGCCUGGCUCAGGGAGGGGUGUGAACCCAGCUUAGGACUCCCUGCCCAAGGCAUUGCCCCCCUGUGUCUAUGCGCCUGUGGCCAGAGAGGGGUUGCCAUCCUGCAGCCUGGGGCUGCUCCCUAGAGGGGAGAGGCAAUGCAGCUGUGAGCUGUGGGGCUCUUUGGGGAGGGCAUGGGGUCCCAUCCCUCUGCUGAAGUCAAGAGGGGCCAUGGCAUGUAGAUCAUUAUGGCAGUGCUGCGGGGGGGGUCAGCUGGGGUGUCAUUGGCUGGGGUCCAGGUGGGAUGGAGGUGGAGUCCAGCUGGAAGGGCCCAUUGUGCCCCCCACAUCAGCUGGCCUGGAGUGUCCCCCAACACCUCCUGUGUCCAGCCCUCAGCGCCUGGCUGACCUCAGAGUGGAGGGGUUACAGCCAAGUGCCCCUGGCCUGCUGGAUGCUGCCUCCUGGCUCUCCUGGGCAGCAGCUCCCACUGUGCUGUGCCAAGGGGGGGCGGCACCUGGCAGAGCUGGGAGUGGAGUAUGACCUUACCCUAGAGGCUGAAUGGGCCUGGGGCAGGGCAGAAGGCCCUUGGAAUCACAUACAGACCCUCGCACCCCACCAUGCAGCUGCUCCCUGCACUGCACCUCCCGUGGAGGGUGGUUAACUCCCACCCCCCAAGUCCAGGUUCCUCCCCUGUGUGGAGAUGGGCCUGGGGAAGACACCUGCCCAGGCCUCUGCUCCCAAGGGAGUUGCUGUGAGCUGGAGCCACCAAUGCUUGUCCCCCAGCUGUCUCUGGCUGCCCUCCGUCGCAGGUGCUGUGUGGGGAGGGGGCAGUGGAUGGAGGCUGCUGCCCUGCCAGGGCACAGAUGACUUCUGGGGCUGCUCGGUGUGCCAAGGGUUAAUUGUCUGCUCAGGCUGCCCUCUCCCCUGGCCUGUGGGCUGGAAUCAGCUGGGCAGGUGGGGGUGCCAGGGCAUGGCUGGGCAGGGGCAGUGCAUUCCCCAGUGCUUGUCAGCCUGUGGGGCAGAGAGGCCAUGGAGUACGCUCUGUGGGAGGGGCCAGUCAGUGUCACAUGCUGGUAGCAGAGACCAGGCAAGGACCGACCAGGCCAGGGGGUGACCUGGCCCUUUAACCAGUUCAGCUCUGUGUCAUUCAGGAGGGAGCCCCUCCCCCAACCCAUAGGGCCAGGUUUGUUGGCCUUUCUUAGUACCAGGUGGUUCAAAGACGCCUCCACCAAUUGUACCAUGUCAGGCCAGCCCCCGUGCCCCACCAGUGGCACCACACCAACCUCGGGUCCCCCCUCCCACAACGCAGCACACCAGGCCCCCUGCAACAAAGUGGGAAUUUCUUGCAAUGCUUUCCUGAAGGCUGAGCCUGGCGAGACUUCCUGGGUGGGGGCUGCUGCCAGGGGGCAGAGGGAUUAAAUGCCCCUGGGCAGAGCAGGAGGGGUGUGUCAGGGUGUUAUGGCCAGGCUGCCCUCACCUCAGCUCCAGUGAGGAUCCGGCUGAACAGUGGGAGCCCCCAGGACUGAACAAGCUCCAGCAAGUGGGGCUGGGGACUGACCUAUGGCUGGUACAGGAGCUGGCCUUUAGUGAGACCUAGGGCUGCCUGGGAUGGACAGACAUUCGAGGGGGAGGGGGCAAAAGUGGAGCCCACAACAGCUUGGCUGGCUAGACUGUAACUUAACCUGAGAGCUCCCCAGUCUGUGCCCAGGGGCCCAAGACCGGCUCUGGGGAAAGGCCGCCUGGUGUCACUGCAGGCACUGGCGGGUGUAGGGAUCCCUGCAGAGUGGCCGAGUCUCUCCCAGGCAGUGGUUUCCCCAGGAAUUGAAAUUAGGGGAGGUGUUCAAAUUUACAGGGGGGGUGUUAGGACCAAUGAGAUAAA